AUGGCCCUGGUGUUUGCAGUGAGAGAGAUCAACAAGGAUCUGGUUCUCCUCCCCAAUGUCACCCUGGGCUUCAACAUGUACGACAAUGCCAAUUGGAACAAGAGAGUUUCUUUGAUCAGCCUCUUUCUGCUCUCCACACGUGACCAAAUGGUUCCAGGCUAUAAAUGUGACCAGCGGGACACUCUCUUCUCUGUCAUUGGAGGUGACAACCCCAAAUUCUCAAUGCCGAUGGCCUCCAUCUUCAGCAUCCUCAAGGUCCCACAGCUCAGUAUUGGCUUUGAGUUCAUUCAGGGAGACCGAAGAGUUUAUCCUUCCUCCUUCCGGAUUAAUCCCAAGGAUUUUCCUCAAUUUCUGGGUUUAGUCCGGAUGCUCCUGUAUUUCCAGUGGAACUGGGUUGGGCUUAUUGUCUCUGAAAAUGAGAACGGAGAACGUUUCCUCUCAACUCUGAGGCCCAUGCUCAUGGAGAAGGAGAUCUGCCUGGCUUUCACUCAAAUGCUUCUUCCUUACUUGAUGAAUGUCCAGUUCAACAAUGGUGUUGGAGAGGAAGUCUCCUUCUCAGAAAAAGGACUGGGAUCUGCUCGUUAUGACCUUCUCAAUUGGGUUCGCCUUCCCAAUCGAUCAAUUGUCCUUCUGAAAGUUGGGCAAAUAAAUCCUGGGGCUCCCCCAGGUCAGGAUGUCACCAUUCACUCCGGUGCCAUUGUUUGGCCUACAAAGAAGGUGCCAUUUGCCAGGUGUGGCAUGAAGAGGUGCCAGGCAGGAGAGAGGAAAAGUGUCCCAGAGGGUGAACAGGUUUGCUGCUACCUAUGUAUCCCUUGUUCAGAUGGGAGCAUUUCUGAUCUGACAGAUGCAGGUGAAUGUGAUCCUUGCCCAGAAGACCGAUACCCCAACAAGGAUAAGGUCCACUGCAUUGCCAAGAAGCUGCAUUUCCUUGCUUAUCAAGACCUCCUGGGAUAUGUUUUAGCUUCUUUAGCUCUUUUCUGUUCUCUGAUCACAACUGCUAUCCUGGUGAUUUUCCGUAAGCAUCAUGACACACCAAUUGUCAAGGCCAACAACCGAGAUCUCAGCUACAUCCUCUUGGUCUCCGUCCUGCUCUGCUUCCUCUGCUCCUUCCUCUUCAUCGGUCGACCCAGGAAGCUCACCUGUCUCUUCCAACAAUCAGCAUUUGCCAUUCUCUUUUCCCUUGCGGUUUCCUCUGUCUUGGCAAAAACUGUCAUGGUGGUUCUGGCCUUCAUGGCCACCAAGCCAGGAAACCAGACAAGGAAACUCUUAGGAAAACCUCUGACCAACUCCAUUGUCUUAGCCUGUCCCCUGAUCCAAGCAGUUUUGUGUGUCACGUGGCUGGCAACUUCUCCCCCAUUUCUCAACAUGGAUUUCCAUUCCUUAGUCAGAGAAACCAUCAUAGAAUGUAAGGAAGGUUCAAUUUCAAUGUUUUAUGCUGUCCUUGCCUAUCUGGGUUUUCUGGCCCUUAUAAGUUUCACAGUGGCCUUUCUGGCUAGAAAAUUGCCUGACAGCUUUAACGAAGCCAAGUUCAUUACUUUCAGCAUGCUGGUUUUCUGCAGUGUUUGGAUCAGCUUCCUCCCCACCUACCUGAGCACCAAAGGGAAGUCCAUGGUGGCCGUGGAGAUCUUCUCCAUCUUGGCCUCUGGGGCUGGUCUCUUGGCUUGCAUCUUUUUCCCCAUAUGCUUCAUUAUCCUAUUCAGGCCCCAUCUGAAUCGUAAAGAGAAUAUCAUGAGGCAGAAGAAUUGCUGAUUUAGCUGGGGAUUGGGCACUGUGAUU